AUGGCAGAAACUAGGUCAUCAAUUCAGAAUUUGGAGAUACAGGUAGGUCAGCUAAGCAAGAGGAUACCCGAGGCUCCCUCCAAUACUCUUCCAAGUAACACCGAAGUAAAUCCAAGGAAAGAGUACAAGUGCGACACUAUGGAAGCUGAGGCUGAACCUAAGGAGGCGCCUGCUACUGAGGAACUGGAGGAGAACAAGGCUCAGGAGGAGACUGGGGGUGCCACCAUGCACGUCCCUAUGGAAAUGAAAGAGCCUAAAGAACAAUCCUCUCCAAACGUGCAAAAGGAGCCUGAGGAUGAGCAACUUGCUCAGUUCUUGGCAAUCCUCAGGAAGCUGCAAGUCAAUAUCUCUUUUGGAGAGGAGUUGGAGAAGAAACCCCCUUAUAUGGCCUCUUUAAAAAAUGCUAUCGCUGAAAAGACAACCCAGAACGGAGAUGAGAUGGUGGUGCUGACCAAUGAAUGCAGUGCCCUAGUACAAAAGAUGCUACCUCAGAAGAUGCCAGAUCCUGGAAGCAUCCUUAUUCCCUGUACUAUUGGGACCAUCACCUUUGAGAACGCACUGUGCAACCUGGGAUCAAGCAUCGAUCUUAUGCCUCUCUCUAUGAUGAGAAAACUGGGAAUCCAAGAGGUACAUCCCACCAAGAUCUCACUGGAGAUGGCAGAUAUGUCCCUGAAACGGGCAUAUGGUAUGGUGAAAAAUGUCCUUAUUAAGGUUAAAUACCUUUACCUCCCUGCAGACUUUGUGAUACUUGACAAUGGGGAGGAUAGAGACAAUUUCAUCAUCCUUGGAAGGCCUUUUCUAGCUACUACAAAGGCCUUGAUAGAUGUAAAAAAAGGAGAGCUGAUCUUGAGGCUUUGGGAGGAUCAUAUCCUGUUUAUGAUUUCUAACCCUUAUUCCCUCUUGGAUAAAGGAGAUACUAUUGUGCAACACUUAGUGUUCCAGCCUUCUCUCUUGAUACAGAGCCCCUGA